CUUUCUGCGCCAGCCACGCACGUAGGCAUCGUCCGAGGAUCUUCGCAUCUGAUAAGGGUCUUGAGUGCAGCUGCUUUAAUGCCCUCCGGAGAGGGCGAAGCUGGACGUCGUAACCAAGAGAGUCGUAACAACGGCCGCAAAGGAAACACAACCAUGCCUGGAUGCUGGGCGCGCAAUGGCUGGAACUGUUGCUCUCGACUGCCACAGCACGGCCCUGACAGCAUCCACAGUUGGUUAGUGGCCGGUGCCUGCGCGCUGUCAUCUUUCUUCGCACUGGCUGGGUGGCGUUCAGCAGGAUUCCUAUUCAUCGCUAUACUGGAGACUUUCCAGGUCAACAGAACUGAAGGCUCGUGGCCGAUAGUGCUGAUGACUGCGCUAGGUUACCUCGCAGGCUUCAUUACGGGACCACUGGUGCACAGGUUCAACGCUCGUCUAGUGAUUAUUGCGGGAACAGCGAUUUCAAGCGCUGGUCUAUUGCUGAGCUUUUUUGCCACAACAAUUGGAUUUAUGACAUUUACACUGGGCGUAAUACACGCCAUAGGUACGGGCGUGGUGUUCAUAGUGGCCCCUACCGUCAUCAGCGAGCACUUCAUCAAGAACGAGGGCCUGGCGAUGGGCCUCAACUUCGCCGGUGGAACCGUGGGCCUCUUCGUGUUCCCCAAACUACUUGAGUACCUCACUGCCGCCUAUGGCCUACGUGGCGCUCUUCUCAUCUUCGGUGCCGUCACCAUGAACGGGCUCGCGUUUAGCCAGUUCACCCGUGCCCCAAGUAAGCGGAAAGCUGCUCCCGAUGAGAAUGAAAUCGCCGCCCAGCUUCCUCCGAAAGCCACCGGUGAUGAAGGGGCGAACAAGCGACGCCAUGCAUGCACAGUGCUCAAAAGCCCCGUGUUUUACCUUAUAAUGUACAGCUUCAACGCUUACUGCGUUUGUUAUGAGUUCUACAUGUCGCUUUUCGUCGACUUCGCCUCUGAUCGAGGAGUAGCGGUUUCGACUGCAGUCACCGUGAUGGCGGCGGGAGCCGUUUCUGAGGUUCUUGGGAGAUUGACGCUGCCGAGCGCCGUCGACCGCGGUCUAAUGACAAAUCAAGACGGCCCUCACGAUCACAUUGGGUGCGGAGGCGGUGACGUUCCUUCUGUUGCCUUUCUUACGCAUCCACGGACUCAUCUUCGCCGUGGCCGUUGGCAUCGCCUUCAGCAUCGGCACGGCAAUGGUUCUUUUUCCGGUGAUCCUGGCGUCUUACUUCGGACGUGAGAACUUGUCAGUAUCCUUCGGCAUCGUCGUGGCAUCGGCCGGGCUGCUAUCAUUUGUGAAGCCAUCCUUGAUAGGGCACUUCAGGGACAAAGUAGGCGCCUACGACUGGCUCUUUGUGAUCUGUGGAGCUGUGAACGCUGUUGCAGCCGCUGCUUGGAUUGCUGUUCUCGCAAGGGAAAAGUGUAUAAGAAAGAAGGACUUGGUC